UCGUCUGUUCGUCAGCAGAGGGCGAAUGCAAGAUGUCUGCGCCCUGAAUAUAGCUGGCAAAUAACCUACCGUGAAACGAUGUCAGACUCUGAUGAUGAGGGUGUUCCACAGUUGGUAGAGGCAAAUUUCCAACGAAUUCCUGUGACCAUUAUCACUGGACAACUGGGAGCCGGGAAGACUACUCUUUUGAACUAUAUCCUAACAGAACAGCACAACAAGCGCAUUGCAGUGAUACUGAAUGAGUUUGGAGAAGGAAGCACUGUUGAAAAGUCUAUGGCAAUUGGACAAGAAGGAGAAUUAUUUGAAGAAUGGCUAGAACUCCGAAAUGGGUGCCUGUGUUGUUCAGUAAAAGAUAAUGGUAUCAAAGCUAUUGAAAAUCUGAUGACAAAGAAGGGAAAGUUUGAUUACAUUCUGCUUGAAACAACUGGACUUGCUGACCCAGCGCCGAUAGCAUCCAUAUUUUGGAUGGAUGAAGAACUAGGAAGCGAAAUAUUCUUGGACGGCAUAGUCACAGUUGUUGAUGCCAAAUACUGCUUAGACCAAUUAUCUGAAGAGAAAUCUAGCGGGGAGAUCAACGACACAGUCAGGCAGAUUGCAAUGGCUGACCUUCUUCUGCUUAACAAGAUUGAUCUCAUGGAUGAAGCUCAUCUAGUCACAGUGGAACAAUGCUUAAGGUCAAUUAACAGCAUGGCUGAGAUCACGCACACACAGAAGUGCAGAUUGGACAUCGGCAAAAUCCUUGAUAUUAAGGCUUUUGAUGCCGGCAGUCAAGCAAGAAUCAACACAUUUAGUGAGCAGCAGCAGCAGCAUCGGCCUGAUACAAACACGACGCGAGAUCACAUCGAUAAGGAUGUGACCACCGUCACGUUUGAUGUGGACGGAGACGUCAGCGAAAAGCAGCUAGACUCGUUCUUGGAGGAGUUGCUGUGGGAGAAGACGGUCAAGAACGCGGCCGGAGCAAGCAUGGACAUUCUGCGACUGAAGGGCGUAACCUGGACAGGGACGCUCUGUAUCGGUUAUUCAAGUCAGCGAUGGCUACGACGACGACAGCGCCUCUCCCCACAGCACCACGAGCAGUAGCGCUACCGCAAUGAUGUCUCUCUCUCUCACUCACUUUAGUUUCCUAUGCGAAUCACAAUGUAAAAAUCGCUGUGGGAAAACAUUAGGAAAUCGUCAGCAGCGCAUUCCGCAAGCGCGCGCGUGCGUGCGUGCGUGCGUGCGUGCGUGCAUGCGUGUGUUUUUUAUACGCGACUUGUAUAAACGCCGUUGACCCCCGUCUGCUGUUUGAUACGCAAGUCGGUAGCCAAUAAAACGCAAAUACGUGGACGUAAUUACUAA